GCAAACAGUAGAAACAGCACUCUGUUUGGACAAUUGCGCCCGAGAACACGCUUCCGGAAAACCCCAUUACCUUGUGGACCUGGACUUGGAUCUGUAGCAACCAUGUGCUGGCAACGGAACUUUUUCUACGGACUGAUCUACGUGCUGACGGCGCUAGGCGGGCCUUGCCGGGCACAGUUGUACCCCUUAGCCGGGCCACUGCAGGGUGCAGCUCUGAGGUCAGUGCCGCGUCUGGUGCUCUACAACCCUUUCAGUGGCCAGCAGCUGGAGCCUCUGCGGUACCUGGCCCUAUGGCGCGGCCCCAGGCGACUGCCCGUGAAUGGGAACAUCGUGGAGCUUCCGCAGUUGUGGCAGCCAUGCUCCUGCUCCGAGCUCGCCUGCCGGUGCUGCCUGGGCCUGGCCCUGGGCUUCGGUGAAUCCCUCAAUCAGCGGCUCUGCGCCGCUCUCGAGUACACUCGGGCGGACCUGGGCCUGCACCUGAGUGUCGAGUUGAACCAGCGCACCGUGGCCAACUUUGGGUUCUCCGCCCGCAACCCUCCCGACUACUGCGUACCGCUGCUCCUGCCGCUGCCGCUCUUCAGCUGCCUGCGACUCUACGACAUCCGGACCUUUGGCGAGGGCAACAUACAGGUCUGUCUGUCGGUGGUUUUCAAGGUUCUUGCCAGCCAGUUCUUCGAGUACCGAUUUAACUGCCUUCGCUUCGGAGCCAACGGAGUGUUUUUCGUGCGCGACGCUCUGCAGGACCAAAAAGCGGCGAAGUUGGUGUCCGAAACCGGUGCGGCACAGGAAACGUCAAAGAAUCGCGGCGGUGCGCUCAAUAAUAAGCUGGCCGAUGGGAGCAGCUUUAGUUUCUACACCGAAUAAUAUUUUUCAUUCCUCACCUUUGCCCUCGCUCUCGCUGUUAUUUAUGAUCCAUGCAUGCCUGAACAUGUAAUAAGUUAAGUGAAAAGUGAAAUUUUUGUUAAUUAGAAAGACUUUUAUUUAGGGCCAACAGCAGCCCAGAUUCCAUAAAAAUGGCGAAAUUCGGCAGUAAAACUGGAGCCUCUUUUUGGUUUGUGUGAGCAAUGAUGGGACUGCCUUAGAUCUCAACGCUCAUACAAACGGAUGUAAUCGUUCUUCGGGCUUUUUUAAUGAUCGGGCCAUGGCAAUUACUUUUCGGGCGUUUGUUAUAAAUGGGGAGUGCCAGGCGCAGACCCUUCAACCUCUGAAAACGCAAAUGGAUAUGGCGUUGAAUGGAAUUGAGUCA